UAAAAAGGGGGGUUCCUCAUUUGGGGGAGUCGUGCCUUGAGACCCCUGCCCCCUCCUUUCCUCCCCCCACCCAAAUCGAGGCCUUGGGGGUUUACCCCUUUCCCUCUAUCCUCCCCCCAUAAAAAGCUUCCCCCCAAACUCUGACAGCUCUGCCCCAAAUUGACCCCCACCCUCAUAUUUUUACCACCCCACUAUUUUACGUUAGGGGGUGUAAGCCAUUCCCCUUCUUCCCCUCCCCAAUUGUCACCUUUUAAAACCUUGCCACUUCCCUUCUUUCCCCUCCCUCGCCCCACACUUCUUUCCCCCAUAUUGACACCAUACAAGUGUUGGUUCCCCCACAAGAUCAGGCUUAAAACCCUGAAACUAGCCCCCCCAUCCCAAUAGAGUCUAAUGUGAUACCAGUUUUCUCCCCACACUUUUUGUGAUUUUCCUGCCACGACCCUCCUUUUAAUUCUCUUUAAACCCUAACCGGAUGCCAGCCAGCCUCUAGGCACUCAUCUGAGCCUCCUUCCAUCACCACCCCAUAGCCGUAGGUAUUUGGAAGAUCCUCCUGAACCUAUAUUGAACCCUGAUUUAGACCCAUUUUUUGGUGUGGGGCGAUUUCUCUCCUCUAAGCCAACACCAGUCCCCAAACCUCCGCCCCCCCCCGUAUGUUUUUGAAGUAAUUCUUCUCCAGCCAGAAACCAACUUUCUAUCCUCUUCCCCUGUGAAUCAUCUUCAGUGUGGGCAUUUGAGUUCAGUUUCCUCUUUCCACCCAUACCCCAUAGCUUUAAGGGGGUAGGAUCUGUUUCCUCCCCCCUCUGUGGAUGCUCUUUUUCAUCUUCAGAUGUUUCCAGAGUUAUUGAAACUUCUUCAAAUAAGGACCGUUUGGCUUCUCUCUUUUUGCCUCUUAUAAGCUAGCGUAUUGCAUUAUUUUUUCCUCGCUGGUGGGUGCCACGUCUUUGGUUUGUGUGGCUGUCCACGCUUCCCCAAGUGCCUUCUCCAGCCGCAGCGAAAUCCUUCCUCGACAUCCCUCUGAACCAAACUUCUGCCUGCAAAGCUGAGAUUUGUCCAGAAGUGGGGGACGCCACACUUGGGGAAGAGAACUUCAUCGCCCAGGUUCAAGAUGUCGGAAAACCAAGCCAACGACCACCAUCAUCCGAUGAACAAUAAUGUAGGGGGUGUGCCCUCUGCGGGAAACAACCGUGGGGUCCGCAACCUCAACCAGAACCCCCUGAUCAACGUUCGGGAUAGACUCUUUCAUGCGCUCUUCUUCAAGAUGGCUGUCACCUACGCUCGCCUUUUCCCACCAUCCUUCCGACGCAUCUUUGAGUUCUUUGUGCUCCUUAAGGCGCUCUUUGUCCUUUUUAUCCUGGCCUACAUCCACAUCGCCUUCUCCCGCUCGCCCAUCAACUGCCUGGAGCACGUGCGGGACAAGUGGCCCCGGGACGGCAUCCUGCGGGUGGAAAUCCAACGCAACUCCAGCCGCGCCCCCAUCUUCCUCCAGUUCUGCGAGAGCGACCGGUUUCCCGGCAUGGUCGUCGAGCCGGUCGCCGGAGAGGAGGAGGAGGAGGAGGAAGAAGAGGAGGAGAUGAGCGUGGAGAUGUUUGAAAACAGCUCCAUCAAGUUCGACCUGGACAUCGAGCCGAAAGCCUUUCUCCAGCCCUCCCGGCUGAGCGGGGCCAAAGUCCGGGUCUCCAAUGCUACCGAGGAGUUCCCCUUCCCCGACGAGCCGGCCUCUAAAGGUAUGGAGCCCCUCAGCGAAACGGUGUCCGAGUUUGAGAUGCUAGCCAAAGCAGUCUGGCCCCAAGAAGAGUACAUUGUGGAGUAUUCUUUCGAAUAUGGAUUUCUGCGCUUAUCCCAAAGCACCCGCCAGCGGCUUCGUAUCCCCGUCAUGGUGGUGACGCUUGAUCCCACCCGAGACCAGUGCUUUGGGGACCGGUUCAGCCGCCUUUUGCUGGAUGAAUUCCUUGGCUACGACGACAUCCUCAUGUCCAGCGUGAAGGCCUUGGCGGAGAACGAGGAGAAUAAAGGUUUCCUCCGCAACGUCGUCUCCGGAGAGCACUACCGCUUCAUCAGCAUGUGGAUGGCUCGGACCUCCUACCUGGCAGCCUUUGUCAUCAUGGUGAUUUUUACCCUCUCAGUGUCCAUGUUGUUGCGCUAUUCACACCACCAGAUCUUUGUCUUCAUCGUGGACCUGCUGCAGAUGCUGGAGAUGAAUAUGACCAUCGCUUUCCCGGCUGCCCCUUUGAUGACGGUCAUCUUGGCUCUCGUGGGCAUGGAGGCGAUCAUGUCAGAGUUCUUCAACGACACCACCACUGCCUUCUACAUCAUCCUCAUCGUGUGGCUGGCAGACCAGUACGAUGCCAUCUGCUGCCACACCAACACUAGCAAGAGGCACUGGCUCAGGUUCUUCUACCUGUAUCACUUUGCGUUUUACGCUUACCACUACCGCUUCAACGGGCAGUACAGCAGCCUCGCUCUCGUCACCUCGUGGCUUUUCAUACAGCAUUCGAUGAUCUACUUCUUCCACCACUACGAGCUGCCGGCCAUCCUUCAGCAGAUCCGGAUUCAGGAGAUGCUUCUCCAGAAUCAACAGGUCGGGGCUCAGACCACUCUCCAGGACAACCUCAACAACAACACUACCAUUGCCCCCACCGACCCUCGGCCCCACCUGGAUGCCCUGCCUGCCAGAGAAGGCUCCCUGGCGUCCGGGGAGGGCCCUGCUGUUGCCGCCGCCGCCGCCGCCCUGGGCAGUGACUUGAACUGGGUGGCAGAGACGGCUGCCGUCAUCACGGAGGCGUCCUUCCUGUCCAACUUAGGGGGCACCCUCCUGGAGCCCCCCAGCAUGGCUUCGGAAGCGGCCGGCAGUGGAACCCUCCAGGAUGCAGCGGUCGCUUCGAGCGUCACGACGCGGAUCCUGGUGAGCGGUGACCGGGCGGAAGCCCCUAUGGGGUCCGUCACCAUUGAGGUCACCUCAGCAGCAGGACUUCCCAUGGCAGAGACUUUCUCGUCACCUUCCGGGGCUCGCUCAGGUGGUGAGGACGCCCCCCGGCCAGCGGGGGACUCGGCCGGGCCAGCCGAACCCCUGGGCCCGGACUGCGUUGCCAGCCUCUGCCCCCCGGGCUCCGUUUUAAGACGACCUCCUGAGGAAGGACUCGGAGAGGGGGGCCCCCACCCAGCCCCCCAAGAUGGUUCCUCCCCUCCAGAUCCUGAGUCCCACUGUCUGUCCUGAGCCCCCCCCUCCGUCGUGGACCGCAGAUGCCUUUGUGGCCUCAAUCCAUUUCUCCCUCACAUUAAUCCGAGAAGAGGUGGGGGGGUGAAGAAGACCAAACCGGAAGGCCGAGCACAGAGGGAGUGAUCUCUUCCCUGCUAGUUAUUCUGGGGAAGGAAAAAUUUGAAAAUGUGAAUCAAAAAUAGCGAAUCGUCGGUACUCUGA